CGACACGCCUGUUCGUCACCACGCAUUCGACGUUCUCUGCAGUUAGGUAGCUCAUGCAGAUGUUUCCAUGCCAUCCUGACGACUUUCUCCUAUAUAAGAGGAGCGUUUAACAGUAAAUCGAUUAACGCGAGUUGAUCUGCACGGCACGUACUGAACCAGCAACGUCACGGUCAAGGCGACCGACGACAGCACGACAGCAAGCAUGAAGAGCUCCGGCGUCGUGCUAGUGCUCCUGCUGGCCAUCGCCACGGCGAGCUGCAAGGGCUCGCUCGCCGCCGCAGCCGCCGCGGACGCUCACGAGAGCAGCGCCAGCAUUCCCGCGAUCCUGGGCCGCGAGCUGCGCGGGUUCAUCGCCAGGGCCGGCAACAUCUUCCGGUCGGCGGGGGCCGCCGGCUGGCGCGCCGCGGCCGCGAACGCCACGGCCUCCGCCGCCGCCGAGGCGAAGAACCUGCGCGGCGUGGCGGCCCGGCGGAGGCGGCCCGCCACCAGGAAGUCCGCCGCCGGCUGCGUCAGCGCUGCGGCGUGCCGGAAGAGGCGCGUGAUCUGCGCCAAGCGGUGCUACCGCGCCUCGCGCGCCGCCGGCCUCACCCACGUCCCCUCCCGGUGCGUCGUCAAGUGCAGGAAGUGCGUGCCCACCUGCUAGCUAGCUACGUCGCCGCCGGCCGCCGAUCCGAUCCGCAAAACCUCCUCUUGUCUACUAUUCCCCGUCGUACGCCGUGGAUUAGCUAUAGCUGGCUUCUUGCUGCUGCUUUUCGAUCGUCGUAGGCUCACAGUACGUGGAAUAAAGAUGCAAAACCUCUUCCAUGCUGCAGUAGUAGGUGUGUAGUACUAGCAGUGAAUAGUGUGAUUUUCUACACUGUACCCCGUCAGCAAAUGUUUUGGAAUUUGGAUUCGUCUUAUUAAAGAAAUUUAAAUUCGGUUUUCUCA